AUGCGUUUUCCACCACCGGAGGUGAUUGCCUCGUGGCCGCGGCCAAACUACAAGAACCCGGAGACAAGAGGUCCUACGCUCAUGAUCGUUGAGCUCACAAUCUUACCGCUGGCCUUGAUAUGUUUAGCGCUGCGCUUAUAUGUUCGGAUGUACAUGAUCAAGAGAAGUUGGUGGGACGAUUGGUUGAUGGUUGCGUCUGCCGUUUGCUGUUGUGGUGUGACAGUUUCAGUUAUUCUUGCGACGCAAUUGUAUGGCUGGAAUAUCCAUGCCUGGGACUUGACAUAUACACAGAUGGUUCAAGGUAGACAGGUUUCGAUCGCAGGACAAACUAUCUUUGUCUUCGCUUCCGGUUUCGCAAAGCUUUCCAUUCUGGCCAGCUACCUGCGCAUAGCAUUGCCGGGCUCCUGGUUCCGGCGCUUGACCUGGGCGGCUAUCGCGAUAGUCGGCACAGCAAUACCGGCUUUUUUGAUGCUUCUAUGGUUGCAGUGUAGCCCUGCAACUUCUUACUGGAACCUCUUUGCAUUGGAACGCGACUGCAUGCACGAAUGGCCGCCUCUUGCGGCACAAACCACAGUUACCGUCAUCACGGAUUUUAUCGUUUACGUCCUACCCAUGCCGACACUCUGGAAAGUCCAACUACCACUGUCGCAACGCAUUAGUCUGAUGAUUCUCUUCGGGUUUGGGGGUAUCGUCGUAGUAGCGGGAUGUAUGCGAACAUACUGGGUGCAUUACGUCGAGGUCGAGACGUACGAUGUGACCUGGGAAGGGUUUUAUUUGUGGAUUUGGGCCGCGGUCGAAGUCAAUCUAGGAGUAAUCUGUGGUUGCGCCCCGGUACUCAAGCCUCUUCUC